AUGUCCACGCCGCAAGCCAAAGCCGAGGACGCUAAACCCCUUGGUUUUAAAGCCAAGUUGGCCGAAUUGACUUGCACAAUCAGCCAUGUCACUGUUGUUACUUUCACCAUGGCAUACAUGGUUCUCCGCUUCUUAGUCUUUGAUGGCCCCCUCCCUGGGUUCUUGUACAGGGGUGUUUUUGUGGCAGCCUCUGCUGCUUUGGGACUCGUUGUCUAUCAGAAAUACACGACCGGUCAGUUUCCCCAUGAAAUCCGUCCCCGUGAUGAGAGCGUGCAAUAUUUAUACCUGGCCGGCGUGUGGCUGUUCACCAAGGAGCGCUACUUUGCCUCUCUACCGUUCGCCAUUCUCUCGUUCUUCCAUGCUUUGACUUGUGACCGCUCUUAUUUGCUGCCGGCAAUGUAUGCUACUUCUCCGCGUGGGCUUGCUCAGCGCAUCAACUACGUCGUGGAGAAGUACAAAGAGCCGUUCACCAAGUUUGCUGCACAGGUCGAGUUCGGCCAGCUGAUCGUUUUGAUCUUGACCGUAUUGGGUGCUCCCAAGAAGGUAUGGCGUCAGUUUGUGCUUUAUGCUCUCUUUUUACGUUGUCGCUAUGAGGUAUCUCGCUAUAUUCAGGACAUCACAAUGUCGGUUGAAGUCAGAAUCGACAAUUGGGUGCCUAGUGGCACCGACAAUGCUCUUUGGCUCGCGAUCAAGGCAGCUGUCGCCGCAAUUCCUCAUCCCGAACCCCUUCCUGAACCUACUAAUUAG